AUGUACAAGCUCGUCCUCGCCCUCAUCGUCCUCUCAUGCGUCUACACCGCCAACGCCUCCACCUGUGCCACCACUGGCUGCCCAUCCAACCAGGCUUGCUACGGUGCCGCCGGUAGCGCUCCAUCAUGCUACACCUUUGGCAACUGUGGUAUCGUUCCAUGCCCAUCUGGCCAGUCCUGCCUCGUGAUCAACGGCUCUGCCCACUGCGUCGCCGCCUCUAUCUGCCCAACUUGCCCAUCCAACUCUGCCUGCUACCAGUUCCCAGGUACCUCUGCCCCAGACUGCUACACCUACACCAACUGUGGAAUCGUCCCAUGCCCAGCUGGUCAGUCAUGUCUCUCCACCCCAACCGGAGGUCACGCCUGCGUUGCCGCCUUCUAA